AUGGAUUCUGAAUUACCGUCGGUAGCGGAAUUGAAGCGUGCUGCCGAGAGCGGCCAGCGCAUCACAGCGGAAGAUGCUUCAUACAUAGGCCAAAGAGAGGCCGAGCUCACUGGUGGAGGGCCUGUGACUGGGGGACCUGCUGCGACUGCACAGAGCUUGGCUAUGCGUCAGAUGAACUUUGAAGCACUAGCCGACGAAUUGUCGAGAAAGCCCCGGAGCCACAUCACUCAGGAGGACGCCCGAGAGAUCCAAGCUGCAGAGGGCCGCGCGUUCAACAAACCACCUGGCCCAGGCUCUCUAUCGGCGCAGAUUCGAUCGAUUGCCGACCGCAAUGAAGCCCUGGGACUUCCGCCGCCGUCUACAGGGGAACCUGUGUUCGUUACGAAAGAUGAAGCUAGAGAGGCCCAGCACAUAGAGUCGCAAGUAUACGGAGGUAAAAACCCAGCAAGGGGAAUAGCAGCUCAAAUGCAGGUGAGUACCUGA